AUGAACCAGACCCCGAACGGCUCCUCGACCCCACUGUCGGCCCUCAACACCCCCCGGGAGGCGACGCUGCACGCAGCCUACCUGGCGGUCAGCGCCCUGACCAUGUUCACCUGCGUGUGCGGAAUGGCGGGCAACGGCCUGGUGGUCUGGCUGCUGGGCUUCCGCCUUCAGAGGACGCCCUUCUGCACCUACGUCCUCAACCUGGCGGGGGCCGACCUCCUCUUCCUCCUCUGCAUGGCCUCCAUGCUGAGUCUGGAAACCCGGCCCCUGGCCGGCGCCCGCGCCCUGGCCCACGAGGCGAUCGAGAGGGUCAAGUUCUUCGCCUACACGGCGGGCCUGAGCCUGCUGAUGGCCAUCAGCGCCCAGCGCUGCCUGUCGGUCCUCUUCCCCCUCUGGGUCAAAGGCCACCAGCACCGGAGCCUGCCGGCCCUGGUGUGCGCCCUACUCUGGGCGCUGGCUCUCCUUCUGAACACAUUCACCACGCUUUUCUGCGGCAGGCUGUGGCGCGCCGACCCCAGGCGGUGCUUCAUGGUGGACAUGACCCUGAGCGCCCUGAUCAUGGGGGUCUUCACCCCCGUGAUGACCGUGUCCAGCGUGACCCUCUUUGUGCAGGUGCGCAGAAGCGCGCGGCAGUGGCAACGGCGGUCCACGCACCUGUACGUGAUCGUCCUGGCCUCCGUCCUCGUGUUCCUGGUCUGCUCGCUGCCCCUGGGCCUCUACUGGUUCGUCCUGUUCUGGGUGGGCCUGCCGCCCGACGUGCUGCUGGUGUACGCCUGCGUGUCGCGCCUCUCCUCGUCCGUGAGCAGCAGUGCCAACCCUGCCAUCUACUUCCUGGUGGGCGCCCGGAGAAGCCUCCGGCUGCGGGGGUCCCUGAAGGUCGUGCUCCUCCAGGCGCUGCAGGAGGAACCCGAGCUGGGGGGAGGGGAGACGCCCCCCACGGACAGCGACAAGGCGGGGGCCUGA